AUGUACAACCUACGACCUUUGGCCGGGUCGUUGAGCCGAUUUCCGGUUCGGCCAAUGAUUUCCAAUAGAACUGUUUUUGUGAUGAGUAACGAGAAGAAGCGAAGAACGAAAAAAAUCGCCUCAAAACCAAAACCCAUAUCUAGGCCCGAGCCUCAGCCUAAGAGAGAAGAGCUCUCCAAGGCCGAGCAAGUCCAAAGAUUACAGCAUUCUAAAAGAUUAAGAGAGUUUGAGAAGCUCACUCGAAGUGUGAACUCUUACUUGGUGAGAAAAGAGACAUUGGGUGGGAAAUCACCCAGUACUUCAUUAGAUGAUCCUGCUGAUGAGGUAUACCAGUCUGUUCGAGAGAAACCCAUCAUUCAGAAAACAUCAAUUUCAAAAGCCGUAUCAGCCCCAUCGUCAUUUGAUCCCCUGAAGUCCACGUUAAGCUCUCCAGCGGUGGACCUACCUGAGCCCAUACAAGAGAGAUUGGGCCUCUCCUUGAAAUACCUUGUAAAUAAAGACCAUCAAGAUUGGGACGUUGUUCUUCGACAACUUGAGCAUGAGGGAGGAUUCAAAGGCCUCAUUGAAAGAGACGUGCGGAAGCUAGUGUACGCUAUUCCAAGACCUCAGCUUCACACUGUCUUUCCCAAAAUCGAGGAGCUUUUGGAAGCAGCUGGUAUGCAAAAAUCCCCAAAGAUCAUUAAUGCCUACAUGAAAAGUGUAAUUCAUCGUGGAACGGUGGAUCUGACCGAGAUGGAAGUCAUAGAAAAAUGCGUGGAGCAUAUGAGAAGAUUAACAAAGAAAGGUAAUCUCUCCCGAGAAACCUACGAAAUCUUGGUUGAAGCUUACGGAAAGAAUACAAACAUUGACAGAGUCAAUGAGAUAAUCACCGAGAUGAAGGAACUUGGUUUGGAACCGCUGAAAAAUGUCUACUCUAAUGUACUUGCAACCUGUGUUUAUAAGACAAAGUCUCACGACGCAGCUGUUCAGCUUUUUGACUCGAUGAAGUUUUUCUCCCAAAAGACACAACCAUCAACACGUGAGUAUCAAGACAUUAUCGUCAGCCAUGUCAAUAACAACGAUAUCGAGAAGGCGUUGGACUUGUACCAGGAGAUGAUUCUUGAAAAGGUCGAAGUAAACCAGAAUAUUGUGGUAGCUCUCGCAAGAGGUUGCUUCAACAGAGAAGAGUACAGGGUCAGGGCAUGGGAUUUCAUGUUUGAGGUUCACAAAAGAGACUGGACGCCAACCGUCCAAACUGCCGAGUAUAUGCUUUACUUGGCACUGAGAGAUGGCGACUUACCCUUGGCUCGUUCACUCUACCAGCAACUCAAUUUGGCGGGAAAUACGUCCCCACGCUCAUUUUCUUUUCUUCUUUUAGCCUAUGCCAAUGCGAGUCUCGAAGAUAAAACUCCGACGAUUCUCUACAAUGAGUCGGGUCGUCUGUUCCGUCAUAACAUCAUAAAUCAGACUGAGCUCCAUCCAAACGUUGACGACCCGAAAAAGGCGCUUCCUUUCUUGCCAAAGUUUUUCUUCGAUACCUUCGAUGAAGUUUUAGCAGAAUCCAGUGCCGUGAUGGCCCAUACAAUCAUGGUGAAUCGCCAUUUCGUCAACACAGAAAGUAUCAACACUUUUCUCAACGUUGCCGCUAACAUAGGCAGUCUUGAAGAAUUCAAGGACAGACUCGAGCUGUUCACCUACUUGGAUAGGGAAGGCGUUCCUGCUGUGAGAAGCAUCAUUGAGCCUGAGGACGCCAUCAUAGAGGAGAACGAAAAUGAAACUCAGGUCACUAAGGUAUCUAAUUCGAAGGCUAUCGCAAAAUCUCCUAUUCUUCAACAACUUGUUGACUCAUCCGCAGGGCGCUACAAGGUACCCAGAAACACAAUCACUUAUCUUAUUGCAUUGAAAGCUGCAGCUAAGCACAAGAACUACAAUCUUGCGCAAACCAUGUGGACCGAAAGAGGUCUUUAUAGAAAGUCUGUUCAUUGGAACAAACUUACCAGACAAGAAAAGGAUCGACUUGAUUUUGAUUUCGCCGUUGCUAUGGUCAACGCCCUUACUCAACUUGGGUUAUUUGACGAUGCUCUUGCAGUCAUUGUCAGUACGGAAUACCAGUUCAAGUGGAAGAGGCAUCAUUUCUCGCAAUUAUACAAAGAGGCCGUGGAGAUUGGUAACAGCAAGAUUACGCAAACACUCCGUGGCAUAGCGAAAAGAGCUCAGGUCAAUUUCGAAGGUAAGAUCCGCAGAAAAGACUAUAAAAGGUUUGUGAUGGAGAAUGGUUACUAG